AUGCUGCUCGCACUCGAAGAUCCUACGCAGGCAUACACCUCGACACGAACUAUGCAGGGAGGCAGAUAUCAUCCGCUGAACAAGAAGCAGCACCUAGCCGACGGCUUCGUCGUCGGCAGUCCUCCCAGAAGUCCUCCACGUGGCAAGCUCAGGGACAAUGCUUCAAAUUCUGGGCAUCAUUCAGCCAACAGCCACGCAUGGACGUCCUUGACUGAACGCGACCAUGGCCGUUCUGUCACGCAAGUACGCAACCAUCGGAGGAGCAGCGCCGUAGGGAUUGAGGUCGACGAGCACCUGCGACGGCGGAGCCUACCCAAGGACAGCGCCCAGAGCGAAUCGGCGCUGUUCCAAGGCCGACUGGAGGCAUUUCUCGAGACAUGUGUGGAGCUUGUCGUUCACGAUCAGAUUGCCAAGGUCGUGACGAAGCAUGUCAAAACCUCGCUGAACAGCCACGUGGCACAGAAGGAGACGUGCUGUGAUGACUUGGCACACCUUGAAGAAGACUUGGAAACACUCAAAGUGUGUCAGCGCGACCUUGAGAUGGAGAAGGCGCGAGUCUUUCAACGAGCCACGGGUGGCAGUAUUUCUGAUCUUGCUGACGUCGACGAACGCCAAGGCUACUGCCCUGCCUCGCCCUCAGCACAACUGCGAAAGGACUCGACGCAGCAUGACCGAUUUGAUAACUAUCAAGCAGCACAGGACUGUCCAGUCCAAUGCGCAGCCGUUCUGGUAGUUUCUGCGCUGAGUUCCGUCUUUUAUCAACGCCCAUCGUCAGCGUUCGAUGGUCCGCCUGCAAGUCCUCUCGAUGACAUCCCUGUCGAUCGGUAUCGAUUCACCGAUGGCAGUUCCUCAGGCCACGGCGGCAUCGGAAGCUCGGACGACAUUACUCGCAAGUCUGAGCUCAUGCGGAGACCGCUGGGCGAGCAUCUCUUCCUCCCGGGUGUUCAGAUAGACAAAAAUGCGACGAUAGAGCAAGCCCUCGCCGAUGCUCGAUUCAUGAACCAGCUUCUGCCUUCACAUGCGAUGGAGGAACAGCACGACUCUGCACAUAUCAUCGAUCGGCUUCUACGCCUUAUCGCUGAGGUGGAGGUCGACAUUCGUGCUCUUCGGCGAAAGUCGAAGCUGGAAUUGAGUGAUUUGGAACACAAGAUCUUACGAGCGAGCGCAUACCAAUCGGGCAAGCUCAUCGAGUCACUCACCAGCUUUGACUCCAAGCUGCGAGAACGACAAAACGCAGCGUGGUGUGGACUGAUUGAGACUGCCUCCACGGAAGCGGGCUGUAAUCCCACGGCGGCUCUGCAGUCGACGCUGUGUCCGGCGGGAGUGCGUCGUGCAGCAAGUGCCGCACAGCCAGUGCGGUUCAGAAAGGACCACCACACACGACCGCGAAGAUCAAAACCCGAUCGUCAGCAUUCCGACAGCGCCAUGGCAGUCUGCGGCCUGGAGAGUAUGUCGCUCUGA